GAGAGGAGGCAGGCAGGGCUCAUGCCUAGAAGUUGGGGACUUUCAUCUGGGCCAAGAUAAGAUAGAGCAGGGUCUGAGAGGGAACCUAGGAGCCCAGGCUGCCCUUCAGUUGCUCCUGCCUCUUCUAAUCGCUCUUCCCCACAGGACCUUGCCCCACCUCACUUCUCUCUCUCUCUCCUGACCGUCCUGAGCCUGGAUUGCAGUUUUGUAAGGCUUCUGAGCAGGUUCUGAAGGAGAGUAAAGAGUGCAAAGUCUAGAACAGACCCACAGAGUUCAGGCCCACAGACAAGACCUUCAUACUCCAUAAAGUUGAAGAGAGAAGAAAGAAGCCGAGGACCACCAGCCCAGCCAUUUCAGCUAAGACUCCAGAGCGUUCACACAGACAGCGGAGAACUGUGGAGAGAGAGAGAGAGAUGGAUUUAGUCACAAACUUGCCACAAAAUAUCUGGAAGACUUUUACACUUUUCAUAAACAUGGCAAAUUAUCUCAAGUGCCUCAUCAGCCCGUCGUCUAAAUCUAUGACUGCUGGUGAGUCGAUUUAUACCAGCCAGAACUCAUCCUCUCCAGAAGUCAUUGAAGAAAUUGGUAAGGCAGUGGCAGAGGGAAAUUUACAGAAAGUGAUAGGUAUAGCCAAAGAUGAAAUUCAGAGUAAGUCAAGAUACAGAGUAAAGAUCGCUGUGACUGGGGACUCUGGCAACGGCAUGUCAUCUUUCAUCAAUGCCCUUAGGCUCAUUGGACAUGAGGAGGAGGAUUCAGCUCCCACUGGGGUGGUGAGGACCACCAAGAAACCAGCCUGCUACUUCUCUGACUCCCACUUUCCCUAUGUGGAGCUGUGGGACCUGCCUGGCUUAGGGGCCACAGCCCAGAGUGUGGAGAGCUACCUGGAGGAGAUGCAGAUCAGCACAUAUGACCUUAUCAUCAUCGUAGCUUCUGAGCAGUUCAGCUCAAAUCAUGUGAAGCUGGCCAUAACCAUGCAGAGGAUGAGAAAGAGGUUCUAUGUCGUCUGGACCAAGCUAGACAGGGACCUCAGCACAAGUACCUUCCCUGAACCCCAGCUACUGCAGAGUAUCCAAAGGAAUAUCCGGGAGAAUCUCCAGCAGGCUCAGGUGAGGGACCCUCCCCUAUUCCUGAUAUCCUGUUUUAGCCCGAGUUUUCACGACUUCCCAGAGCUUAGGAAAACACUGCAAAAAGACAUCUUCAGCAUCAGGUACAGAGAUCCCUUAGAGACCAUUUCUCAAGUCUGCGACAAGUGCAUCAGCAAUAAGGCGUUCUCUCUGAAGGAGGAUCAGAGGCUCAUGAAAGACCUGGAGGCAGCUGUCAGCCCCGAGGAUGACACUGCCAACCUGGAGAGGGGUCUCGAGACCUACCAGAAGCUCUUUGGUAUGGAUGAUGGGCCACUUCAGCAGGUAGCUCGGAGUACAGGGAGACUGGAGAUGGGCUCCAGGGCUCUGCAGUUCCAGGACUUGAUCAAGAUGGACAGGAGACUGGAGCUGAUGAUGUGUUUUCCCGUGAACAAGUCCCUCAGGUUUCUCGAAAGCUCAUGGUGGUAUGGCUUGUGGAAUGCCGUCAUCCGCUACUUCAGACACCAGAGACACAAGCUCAUCAUUGAAAUAGUGGCUAAGAACACCAAGACCUCCCUGAGGAAAGCUCUAAAGGACUCUAUCCUCCCUCCUGAAAUUCAUUGAGAAGAGUCUGGCUCACCCUCAGGUGGAAUUCAGGCUGCCUCAGGGUCUUUUUGCUUAGAGCUCUAGCUAGUCACUAGAAAGGAACAACAGCUGAGGCAAUAGCUUGUAAUAAUGCUUAAUAAUUUUAGAGGAAAUUGCCCAUCUUCCUAUAUUCAAUAAUAGCCCAUGCCUUCAAAGUGCAAGUAUUUGCCAGGAUAAUCAGCCAAGGUUUCCUAGUUCAGUACCUAGAUUAUUUGGCUUUCAGUCUUCAUUGUGAUGCAUGUUUAAAUAAAAAUCUUUUCCCUCCUAAAAACAUUAAAGUUGCCUUCAUCGA